GACCAAUGACGCUGGGUGGGUGCCUCGACCGUUGCAGGCUUAGCGGUCUGUACAGGGCUUAGCGCUGCGUAUCAUCAUGGCGACGUCAUUCUUUGUGAACCCGCGGGCAUGCAGUUUGCUUGCACCUGCUUAAAGCUCUGGAUCCCUUGUCGAACUUUCUUCUAUCACGCACCGCCUUUUCGCAAAAUACCCCUGCCUUAUCAAUUGCAUCCCGACUCGUACAGCAAUCAAUUGACCUCCACAGCCACCAGCACAAUCAUGUUCUCGAGACAAGCAACCCAGAAUGCACGCUUUGCAGCUCGGUGUGCUCGCCGCCCAGCUGCGCGGAUAAACAACUCUCAGUUCCGCUCCCAACAACCCCGCUUCCAGUCCACCGAGUCAGCAACCUCCGGUAACGCGGGCGCUGGCUCACAUGCCGCCAUCGGUGCCGUUUCCGGUGCCCUUGCAGCUGUCACAGUCGGCUACAUCUUCUACAGACAAUCAGGCGCCCGUGACGUAGUGUUGGCCUCCAAGACUGCUAAAGGUUACGUCAACUCGGCUACACAGAAGAUCAAGGAGCAGACACCCGAACCCAACGAGGCGCUGCAAUGGCUACGCAACGCCGCACAGAGCUACGCUGCCUUCAUCCCCGGUGCCAAGGGCUACGUCGACUCUGCAUUCGAUGACCUAGAUGCCAUUCGCGCAAAGCAUGGCAAAGAGGUCGACCAGAUCGUCACCGAAGCAUACGAUGAGAUGCGCCAGGUCCUGGGCAAUGGCGACAUGAGCCUUGUCACCGCGCACAAGACCUGGGAUGUCAUUACUAAGCAUAUGAGCCGCAUCGCAGAUCUUGCCGGCGACGCAUCGCAGCAGAUCAUGGAUAACCACCCUCAACUCAAGGAGAAGGUUGGAGGUAAUAUCGACAAGCUCAAGGAGUACGGCGACAAGUAUGGUCCCGAGGCCAAGAAGGAGGUCGACAGGACAUGGAAGCAGAUCAGCGACGUCGUCAAGACUGGCGUGAGUGCAUCCAACAUCGAGAAGAUUCGCAGUAUCGUGCAGGAGAAGGUUGAGAAGCUAAAGAAGAUGGGCGACGAGGCCUGGGACAAGGGUAUGGAGCAGGAUAAGCCCUAUCUCGAGAAGAACCCCCAGGUCAAGAAGAUCGUGGAGGAGAACGCGGAUGCGCUCAAAGGCGGAAACGUCCAAGAAUUAUACGAGCGCGUCAAGUCUGCUGUUGAGAAGGGCGAUACAGGCGACCUCGAGUCAUACGUCAAGAGCGCUGCCAACAAGGCCAAGGAUGCUGGUUUCGGUGACUACGAGCAGUACUUGAAGCAGAUCCCCGGAGGUGACCAGAUUAUGCCCAAGUUGAACCAACUCCAAGACGUUGCCCAGAAGCACGGCGAUGAGGCCCAGAAGCUCUUCAAGGACACCAUCUCAGAGAUCUCCAGCAUCCUCCAGAAGAAGGGAGACGAGGCGUCGAAGUUGGCUGAGAAGGCCAAGGAAGACUCUAAGAAAUAGAUCGCCCGCCGCCCUGAUGUUCCAGCGAGGUGGAAAUUGUAAUGACUAAUUAACUUGUACUAUAAGGCAUUACUGGCGUUGAGCAUGUCUAGCGAAAAGCAAUCAAUUACAAAUGACGACUCUUGCUCUGUACUGACGGUCUCACUUCAUGUCGCUCUUACAUAUCCUUCCUCUACCGUUCUUGCACCGCGAAUCACC